AUGAAGACAUUAGAAGAAGCCUUUCGUGGCAGCAGUCAAUCCACACCUUACGCUUCAGCAAUUAAAGUUAACGUUUGUGGAGUUGGCCCAGUUAUUUCGUACAAAAAUGCAGGUGGUGAAAAGCGCCAAUCAACAGUCAUUGGCUUUGCGGACAACACAAUGGCUGUAAAACGAGUCUUGUAUGACUCGGCAAAACUACACCUCAUAAAAGAGGGACAAACUGUUAUGCUGUUGAAUGUCAUCCUUAAAAAUGAUGUAGGCAAAUCAAUUGUCAUGACCAACAGAAGCAAAGUCCUUAAGACUGGUCCUAUUGAAGUCCCAGCAUCAUUAAUACAACGGGGAAAAGACAUCGCAUGUCCACCUCUUGCUGCUGAGGUGAACAUUAAAACGGUCCAAACAUCUCCUGUGAAGACCCUUGUUACCCUUAGGGGGCAAGUUGUUUCAGAAGAGGUUGAAAGGUCCGUAAGGGUUAACGGGGAGGAUACCCCAGUUAGGACUAUUAAAGUAAAAGAUGUUUCGGGUUCCUGCAAAGUCUCCUUGUGGAGGGACUUGUGUAAGGAGAAAACUUCCGUUGGCAGCCACAUAAGUAUAACAAAUGUUGUUGUACAGCUGUACAAUGAUGAGAAGAGCGUAUCAACGACGUCUCGUACAAACAUUGAGGAAGUUGAUACCCCAGUUAUUCACAGAAGAGUUUCUUUCAUUGGCUUCGAGUGGCUGGAGGAAAAUUUGGCAUCCCUUACUGCUGAUGAUGCCAAUGGAGAGUAUGAAGAAUUUAAAAUUAGCAGUGAAGCCCUGGCGCAUUACUUGGAAUGUCAACUUCAUGAAGUGGAGUCUGUUUUACUUUACAAACUUCCACUGACUGCAGAAAUCACCGCAAGAGAAAACGAAAUCAUUGAAAUUAAAAAUUGAACUCAAAAUAUAUUGAACUUUCAUACUAACAGAAAUUUCAAACUGAAC